UGUGUUGGCGAGCAGUAUCAAAGCUUGCCGGUUGGCUGCAGCCGUUGGGCGCCCACUUUUCAUUGUGCCAAUGCCACCAUUAGCGUGGUCGAUGCAAGGCAACGACAGGAAUAGCGGUUCCAUGGCGUUGUUGACGGCGGCGACAACGAGUUCAGCGCGAAUACUAGUUUAUUAGCGGACAUAUGUAUCUGUGUGUGUGUGUAUGUACGUGCAUAUGUGUUGGCUGUUGCAUACCGUAAGGCGCUAACAUGUUUUCACCAACGACCAUUCAUUCAGUACGUUACGGACGGCUCAACGAAACGGUUUCGUAUUUUCGGAGCGAACGCGUGAAUAAAGAAAGAAAUAAAGUUUCGUUUUUUGGGCGGAAAGAAAUUAAAAGUCAUUACCCCUUGUUGGAUAAAUAGCAAAGUGAAUUUAUUUCUUUUAUGGAGCGCAUUUGAAAUUUUAGUGCGCUAAAAGUUGUGAUUUUUUAUAAAAGCGAAAUUAAGAUUUGCAAUUUUUAUCAGCAUUAAAACUUAAGGUCCUUGCAAACAAUGUCUUUCCUAUCGCCAUCCCUGCGCUUAGAGAAUCUCCCAAACGAACCCAUUAUGUCGCUCGAUCAUAUACCGGAAGAAAAACGUUACAACAAAAACAAUAUUGUGGCCAAAUGGUGUGCGCCGAUAAAUGGCAAAAUGUAUCGUAUUGAAUUGGAACAUGGUACCACCACAGGACGGCGAAUGAUAUGGGUAAACGGUAAGGAAGUGCUGCGUCGUGAUUGGAUGUUCAAAUUGGUCGGCGAAGAUUCAUUUUAUAUCGAUCAGGCGCGUUGCAUUAUACGUGUCGAUCCAGCACCAGGUUUCAGAUAUGAAUAUUCACUCUACAUCGAUGGCAAACCGCACGAACAGUAUACCGACGAACUGACGAAAUAUUAUCGCCUGUGGUUGGUCAGUAUAGAAGAUAAUGAAUACCGUAUAAUGUUAGAAUUGGAUACGAUCAACUUGUAUGUGAAUGAUCAGUUGCGCACAGAAACAGGUGAAUUCGUUGAUGGCGGCACGGACACCAAGUUUACAGAGAAUGGCAAUGAGUUUGUGCUGCAAGCACGUUCGAGUGGCAAUAAAUUGGAUGGCUUGACGCACACUCUACUGGCGAAUGGUGAAGUGAUACCUGAGGCUAAGAUCAUAGAAGUCAUGCAGGAGCCCUUCUCGAUUUUAUCAACCACUUAAUAUAUGAGAGGUUCGAAGUGGCAAACGCUGUGAAUUGUUGUUUAAGUAUAAAUAAAGUGAUGUGAUAGCGUAGUGCUAGUUUUGUGCUAAAAAUUUAAUGAGUUUUAAUUGAAAUAUCGAAUUGAUAAAUAAAUAAUGAAAGAAAUGGAA